UGAUUAUCACUAAUGUCGAUGUGCGCAGUAUAGUGUUAUAAAUUAUAAUUGUAAAAUUGCUAUAAAUCAUGUUAUAUUAUUAUUAUGAUAUUACGUUUCGUGUUAAACGAAAUAAUGAAUUACACGCCUGUGGCCUUUAAUAAUGGAUUGGAUUUAUCAAGAACACGAUCAAUUUGUUAAAAACGACUCAUCGUGCGCGCGCAAAACGAAUUACGACAAAUUGAACAAAUACAUUAAAAUAUAAMAAUAAUUAAAACGCGUGUUGGCGCCUUGGCCGGUGGUGAUGCCGUCGCGUGGGAGAGCGCCAGAACGGCGCGACUGCAACAACUGUGGACGGUGGGAUCGAGUGGCCGCCGACACAAGACCGGCCACCUGCGCGACACAUUUUUUAGUUUUUUUUUCUCGUCGUUGCCAGUCAAUUGGCGUCACGUUUGCGUUGGUUGCUCUACUGUAGUACUGUCUACUCUUCGAGAGUGGACGAUGUACGGGCGGUGGCGUUGGCGGUGACUAGUGGUACAAAUGAGCAACGGCCAACAAGUAAACGACAACGUACGCGCGUCGAUUGAGUAUUGCACCGGCCACCGAUUGUACAUUUUAAGUAUUUUACUAUUUUAGUUAUUACUAUAUUCUAACACUAUUAURUAUACACGCGUGCGCGAUAGCGUCGUUCCGCGAGUCGCAACACGUAAUUAUUAAUCACAUUUCACGCGCGCACAGGCGGAGCGUUGUUUAUUCAUUACACUCCUCGCGCCACAGUGCCACACCGGACACACAGUUGGCGAUCAGCAGAGAAUACCCGAACGCGGAACGACUAGGUUUACGUUUCGCACGCGUACGACUGUUCGGGAAUAUAAUAUAUAUUAUAUAUAAUUGAGUAAUACGCACGCACCACCGUAUUACCGUAAAACCGUGAUUUUUUAACAGUUAGUAUAUAUUUAAAAUUUAAAUAUAUGUAUCAUAUAUAACACUGUUAUCGCCAGUGUAUAUAUAUUAUAUAAAUGUGUGUGUAUAUGAAAUAAUACCAUCGUAUAAUAUUAUUUAUAAACGCGCUCGCGUCAACCGACGACGUUGUCGCCAGCUGCAUUGCGUGCGCGCGCCAACGCCGCCAACUGAGUUGGAACGACGUCGACGUCGACCGCCGCCGUCGAUAUCACCGCAACCACACACGACCAAGCGGCGAUAGCCACCGCCGCCAGUGCAUUCAGCAUUGCCGUCCGCCGCAGUCGUAAAAUGCCAUUGCGCCUGUUCGGUCGGCGUCGUCGCGAAUCCUAUCGGGUCAUCAACAGCACCGGCACGUUGUAGUGCCAGCCAGCGGUAAAAUGGCGGCGCCAUCGUCGACGACGACCACCGCCACUACCAGCAGCAAUCCCACAGCCACGGAUAACGCUCCUUUAACGGCAACCGCCGCUUCUUCAGCUGCCGCGCCGGCUUCUGUCGUCUGGCCGAACACCCGAGACAGUUACGAACUCCGCGAAGUCAUUGGUGUUGGUGCUACAGCUACUGUUCAUUGUGCUUAUUGUAAGCCUCGUCAAGAAAAAUGUGCCAUCAAGAAAAUAAAUUUAGAAAAAUGGAAUACCAGCAUGGACGAAUUAACAAAAGAAAUACAAGCUAUGUCAUGGUGUCAGCAUGAAAAUGUUGUAACGUAUCAUACUAGUUUUGUAGUUGGUGAUGAAUUGUGGUUAGUAUUACGUUUGCUAGAAGGGGGAUCAUUACUCGACAUACUAAAACAUAAAAUGCGUACAAGUGAUUGUCGACACGGUGUUCUUGAUGAAGCUACUAUUGCAACUGUUUUAAGAGAAGUCUUGAAGGGCUUGGAAUAUUUCCAUUCUAAUAGUCAAAUUCAUAGAGAUAUAAAGGCUGGAAAUAUUCUUCUGGGAGAAGAUGGAACAGUUCAAAUAGCCGAUUUUGGAGUGAGUGCAUGGUUAACUACUGGGUAUGACACUAAUCGUCAAAAGGUUCGUCACACAUUUGUUGGCACACCUUGCUGGAUGGCUCCGGAAGUCAUGGAACAGGACCACGGAUAUGACUUCAAAGCAGAUAUUUGGUCAUUGGGAAUUACAGCCAUUGAGUUAGCUACUGGAACAGCUCCAUAUCACAAGUAUCCACCAAUGAAGGUUCUUAUGUUGACACUUCAAAAUGAUCCACCUACAUUAGAUACUGGUGCUGAUCAAAAAGAUCAAUACAAAGCUUAUGGUAAAACUUUUCGAAAACUUAUUACUGAUUGUUUGCAAAAAGAUCCUACCAAAAGGCCUACAGCUACAGAACUUCUCAAACAUCCAAUUUUUAAGAAAGCCAAAGAUAAAAAAUACCUUCAAUCAACUUUAAUUGCUAUUGGUCCUAGUUUAGAAACUAGAGUACAAAAGKCAUCAAAAAGACAACCUGGCACAUCUGGCAGAUUACAUAGAACAAUUACUGGAGAAUGGACAUGGUCAUCUGAAGAAGAAUGUGAUGGACAGUCAUCAGAUGAUGAAUGUCAAGAAAAACCGUUAAACAAAUUAGUUGAGGCCCCUCAAUCAUCUGAUAGUGAACACGAAAGUGGUGAUGAACACUUGAAUCUUGUUCUACGUAUGAGAAACUCUAAUCGUGAACUUAAUGAUAUUCGAUUUGAGUUCUUAUUGGGAAAUGACACUCCCGAUGGUAUUUCCACUGAACUAGUGGGAGCAGGAUUGGUAGACGGCAAAGAUGCUGAUGUAAUAGCUAUGAAUCUACGUGUGUUGAUAGGUAAUCAAACUCGCGAUAGACCAGUAACUUUUGCUCUUGUAUCAGGCUGCAACAGUGAUGAAACACCAGAUGAGAAAAUGUUAGUCGGUUAUGCCCAGCUGUCUUAUGCAGAUUGAAAUCAUAGUUACCUAAUGAUUUACAUUUAUCUGUUAUGCCACUAAAAAAUUUAACUCUGUAUAUCUUAAUUACAAUUUUGUAUGUAUAUAUUUAUAUAUAUAUAUAAACAUACAUAUUUUAAAUUAUAUAUUUAUUUAUUUUUGUACAUAGUAUCUUAGUUCAGAUUUUGAAUAAAGAUAUAUAUGCUUUAGCAACAACAUGCUUGUGUUUAGUGAACUGUGUUUUAGUGUAACAUAUUUUUUUUAUAGUCGUUACUUAAUUCCGAAUAAAUUUGUUUCAAUAUUAUGCUGUUUAUUAUUAUUUUUACUA